AUGGACAUGGACAACCAACAGGCGGAAGAAAGAAUUGAACUGAGCGAGCUGCAGGUCAUACCGAACGACUACUCACCGAGCUCCCGGAAUCCACGCAGUGCGGAUAUUACUGAUUUCUCGCCUGUCUCUGAAACUCGGGAUUCCUUGGAUUCGAGGCAGACAACCAUAGACGUGCAACAAACCUGUUCCGUCAACGAAAUACAAACACCGAACACUUUGAGUUUGUCUGAUAGCGAGGUCCCUCAGCAAAAUUAUGAUUUGGAUCACGCAGACAGCACCCGAAGAUCCAUCUUUAACGUCUCUGAAGAUCCUGAUCAAACUCUUACACCCACGAACUUUUCCACAACUAUCUCGGAUACACAAGCAGAAGCCAACAUCACAAAGAGCGAUCAAGGACUUUCCGACCCUGCAUGGCAGCCUUACACGUUUCGAUGGCAAUUCUUCUGCCUCCUUACUACCUAUGCGGUUGCCUUACUACUUCUUGUCAUACUCUUGUACUAUCUUUCCGCCAAAAAUUAUGGACUAGUAGCGGAUGAUGGCUCUGCAAUCAUUCUUUUCGGAUGGCGCUUUGCCCCUUCCCUCUUCGCCGUCAUUUACGUCCAGCUCACAGCCAUGCUUUUAAACGACAUCAAGAGGACUGAGCCUUUCGCUCGCAUGGCUUGGCCUGGGGGUGCACCAGGAAUUUCGACGAUACUGCGGAGCCCAGGAGCUUGGUGGGACGCGCUGGCAGAUGGCCUGUCUAAGAAAAAGAGCGGGAGACGAAGUUGGAUACUCGUUACGUCUGCCCUGCUCAACAUAAUCGGUUUCCUAGCGGUAUCUCCAUUAUCGCCAUCUCUUUUGGAACCCAAGGAGGUGGUAACGUCGAACACGGUUAAUUUCACACGGAUGGUACCUAAAACAGAUACUGCUAUCCAUCUUGACGCUGGGAGAGAAACCUACUUGAACGUUAUGGCCCACAUUCUACAAAACACAUCAACAUCUGCAUGGGUGUCAGACGAUUUUUCAAUACUCCCAUUCUGGCCAUCGGAUCUACAGUAUCCUGCUCUGGGCCCGGUUCUUACCACCUCACCUCAACUCUGGCGGGCUGAUACGACUGUACUGAGUACAGAGCUGGAUUGCAAACCCAUGCAUCUUACGAAAAUCACAAGAUCCACCGUAUCCAAUACCACCCACGGCGGCUACUCUAACAAGACGGCGACUAAUACAGACCGUCAGCUGAUUUCAAUAACUCUAGCGUCGGAUGAUGGCUGCAAGUAUAGUAUGGCCAACGAUCUAAACUACUAUCACUUCAACGAUGGUCAGAUACCGCUCGUCGAGUCAGGAGAUUCUUUCUGGUUUGAAUUCAAGAAACUCAAUAACUCGCCGUGGGAUUCAGUUGUUCAGUCACAUUUCGAAAAAGGCAAUAUACUCACAAGUUUCUCAAAAGAUUGUGGAGACAGAGAGCUUUUCUUCUCUUAUGGGCCGCUAGACGAGGCAAAUGUACAGGUCUCCAGUUACGUUUGUAAGGCAAAAUACUACACGGCAAAUAUGACGGUGACCGCGUCUUCGUCAAACGGGAUUUCUGAAACGCAGUUCGAGCACCAAGAAUUUCUCAAGCAAAGAACUGAGAUGCCGGAGGACUUCCUGAACAUUACCGAAUUUCAGAAAGUAGUACCUACUGGAGACUGGGCGCCGUAUAUGAGGAGUCACCCCCUUUUUUCUGGAUUUUCAAAGAUCCUUGGAGACUCCUACGACUACAAUUUGUCUACUAUGAUCGCCGACACCGGAUCUAUAAUGAAAGCCAAGAAAAUAAGACAGAGAAUACUGGGCGAGAUGCUUCUGUACGCCCUUCUCCAAAGCGACACUUCCCAAGAAGAAUAUGUUCAAGGUAGAGUGAUCCAGGUUGAAAAACGGAUUAUCGUGCUUUCCGGAGUUGCCAUUACGCUAUCACUAAUACUAUUCGUCUCUACCUGCCUCUUAUUACUGACUGCAAAAUUGUCAGGCUCGAAAUCACGUCCACUUGGACUGAGCAUGGAUCCUUCGACAACUAUAGGAGUGGCAUCAUUGAUCGCCUCAGGGUCAAAUGCAAAACUGGAUCUGCAGCAACUGAAUCAGAAUUCUAAAAAUAUUUUCAUCGACGCUAUGCGCCCAAGAAGAUAUUAUAUUAGCCAAAAAGCUCUCCAACAAGCACCAUUAGCCGGACGAGUUGAAAUAGGAGAAAAGCAAAAAAGCAAAAAACUAAGCGAUUGGAGGCCAUUUGUGCUCCGUUUAAGAACGAUCAUCGCUCUCGUUAUUUUCCUCAUUGCCCUCCUCAUAAGUGUCGUUAUACUUAACGAUUUCUCCAAGAAAAACCUCCUUUACGAUAAAACAUUUGUGUACCAGGGAAGCGUUUCUAUACUGAAGACUCAAACUCUUAUGAUUGCACCAUUCUCUACCUUACCAACCUUGCUAGCUGUUGUAGUUGGCUUAUGGUGGGGUGCCAUGGACACAACGUUCCGUCGACUACAACCUUAUCUUUCGAUGGCAGAAACUCCUAAACCGGUUCCUCAAGGAAUCGGCCUGUCAUACGAAUCGUCAUACUGGAUAUAUGCAGCUAUAAAGUCAGCUUGGAAUAGACACUGGAUUUUGUCUUCGCUUACCCUUGGGACAUUUCUAUGCUCAAUCUUUACUAUCACGAUGUCAGCAUUACUCCAGCGCGGGACUGGAAUUCGCUUUGAAAAUUUUCCGUUAGAGCGGAACCUCAGACUGCGUCCGGUCACAACCGUUUAUGGAGAAGAUUUCCCCACCCCUGAGAUUCAGGUUCUUCCACAUGAGAGCGGCAUUCUUACUAGUUUGUACGCGGAGCUUUCUACCAAUUGGCUAUACAGUGCGACCAUUCAGGCUACACUCAACGGGUCUGAGCCUGCUUGGAGCCGUGAUGGAUGGAGCUUCAUUCCGCUCGAUCUGUCUAAAAUUCCAGUAUCAACCAAACUUCAAACCGACAGCAAUUUGACUAUGGCUUUGGCAACCAAUGCCUCCCUGACAACAACUGCCAUCAGAGGCCGUUUGGAAUGCAGCCCUUAUGAAGAAUUAAAUAACAUUUCCGCCUGGAUAACCGAACAUCAUCGAACCUCUGACGAAUUGUCUUGGAAAGUCGGCUACGAGGUUGGGCAUGACUCAGAAGACGACUCCGGGCAUUACCUCCUGGACACGUCAAUCCUCGGAUCGCCAGCAUGGCCACUGUGUUGUGACAACGACACUAAGCACCUGGAUAAAGGAUCAGCCAUUGGGUAUUGGUCACCAAACACAUGGGUUUACGAGAAUUCUCAACACUCCAUGAACUUCACGACAAAAUGGAUUUACGGGAAGGAAAGUUCCCUUAUCCAAGACACUUAUGACGAAGAGUUCUAUCUGCUCUUUCAGGAAGUACCCUCAAUGGAAGCGCUCCACUGCAAACCAAUCAUUGAGAAGGCAACAGCGCAUAUCUCAAUCAACCGAUACAGUAGCCGUGUAGAACAGUUUGAGAUCUUGGACCAGCCAGUAGCUGAUGAUGAAGCUUGGGAAUAUGUAUGGCUUGAACAAAAAGAUUCUCCUGGUAGCACUUCUUAUACCGUCAGAAUAAGUUACGGAGUUAUGUUUUUGGACUCUAUGCUCGCAGCCUCAUAUUAUGGUAUAGCUAGCCACCAGGAAAAUCCUGUCUUUGGGUAUGAAGAUUUGAACGACAUGACCUUUAACUUUCGCGACACUAAAAAAGGCCUCAAUCUCGACUUUAUGACUUAUUCCAUGUAUUCGAUGGUUAAUAAGGACCCUAAAGCCCUCCUCGACCGGAAUAUCAUGGAAAAGAUGGCUAACAAAACAUUUUCAAUAUUUUUCCAACAUUUCGUCAGUGCUCGGAUGAAAGGGAGUUAUACUUAUGAGCAAGUCAACGCAAGCAAAUUAUCUGACCUGAAAAGUCCGGCCGCAGUCGAGCGGAAGCACUUCAAGAGGCUGCAUAGAGAUAUCGAAUGCGUAGCAGACGUUUUGAUUCUGGUUGCCGGAAGCGACAAACUGUUGCAGAUGAUCCGGGAAAGAGGAGUUUCUGGACUGAAAGACGAUGAUAGAGGGCUUAUGGCGGGCUUGGACUGGUUCAAGGGCAGUGAUGGGCAGAUGAGAUGGGGCGUUGAGAUUGUUGAGCCGGAAGUGGAGAAUGACCACGAAGAUUGAAAUUAGUGUCGGUGAGAUAGCUACGAUUGGAAGUUCUGGAAGAAAUUACUAUUUUUUAUUUCUUGGAUUUGAUAUUGAUAUAUAAAAGACUUCAAAGAGCGUUGCACCGCGAUCAGGUUAGAGUGCAUAUGUGAAGUCUAAAAACAAAACUGUUAUAUAGUCUUGUUCAAAUUUUAGAGCAAGGCGCUUUAACGAAAUAUAUCUACUACCUCUUUACGAAUUUACAUAUCUGAUAUCUCCAAAUCAAUAAUAUUCUAUAGUAAAAGCAAUAAAACUGAAGACAUGGCUGUCGAGAAAAUUCGAAUU